AUGGCUCUGGACUCGCUACUCUAUUGGAGGCACAAAGAUGAUCAGCACAACCUUUGGCGGCCGGUGCCAGGCCAAAGCGCAACUCUGUAUCGCGACAAUCUACCCAACAUCGUCAAGCGGAUGGACGUCGAGGCUACGGUAGUCGAUGCCGCUCCUUUCAUCACGGUCGUGGGAGCUGCCACGCACGUUUCGCAGCUCCACUCCUUUGGUUUCACCACCUCGGCAUCUUUGUUCAAGAACGUCAAGACCCUGACGGCACUGCAUCGCGCGACCUUGUUCGUCACGCCGGUCGUCUUGGCUUGUCAGGCGGCCGGAUUCAAUUACCGCGCCUAUAUCCCUCGCUGGGCGCAUGCCCGAGAGGUGCAACGCGAUGAGGAGAUCGUGCGGCAGCACAUCGAUGCUGGCAUGGCUCUGGGCGCCGCCAGCUGGCUUUUGCGCCUCUCCUUUAAGCUCGGCGCGAGAUAUUGGGCACCUAUCGACAUUCUCGCCGGAGGCGCGCUUGCCGAUGUGAUGCAGCGAGAGUACCUCCGCGCACAUGCCUUCUAA